AUGCCGAGGCGUCGCCCACGCCGCCUGGCCGUUGUCCCUGCGCCGUGCGCGCGGGAGGCCGGUGCCACCGCCCCGCCACGCCCACGCCGAGCUGCUGCCCGCGUCACGCCGCGCCGCCGCCACCCGCCCACGGCGCACGGCCAGGCGGGCCAUAGCCGGGAGGCCGGUGCCACCGACCCGCCGCGCCUCCUCCCGGCCCACCCCGCCACGCCGUCCAGCGGCGCGAGGCCCGCCGCACCCCGACCGCGCAGCACCUGCCCACCACCCUCCGCGCCGCCCCGGCCCACCGCAGCGGCAGCCGUGGCCGGCCUCUCCGACGCCUCGCCGUGCCAUGACUGGCUGCCUCGGCCUGAGAAGGUCCUUGGCCCUCUCCGCCGCGUCGAACCCGUCGUCGUCCCGGCCGCCGUCGUUGUGCCCCUGCCCACGGGGAGGAAGGAGAGCCUAGUGUCAAGUGGCACGCCGUCGUAG